UGCGAUGUCAUUUUGUCAUAAUUUUGAACAAACAUUUUUGGUUAGAGGUUGUGUACAACUCCAAGAUAAUUUUAUUUUUGAUUAUUUAUAAUUAAAAAUUUGUGUAUUUGUUUCCAAAUAUUCAUUCCGAUCUUAAAUUUGUAAUAUCAAAGUGUCACUUGACACUGAGCAAGGAAAGAAUUUUUCUUAGAAAACAUUAGAAACAUGGAAGGUAAACAGGAGGAAAUCCCGAAAAGCGAUUAUGAAAUAAGCGAAGCAAUGAUCGUUAACAAAAGUGAGUGUGAAAAGAAUCGAAAGUUAGUGAGUGAUGCUCCGGAAGAUGAUCAAGCUUUAACGCAAAAUUUUGAUAUACUAAAUCAAAAUGAAUGCGUCAACAAAUUUGAAGAUAGUGGAAAUUUGGAAGCUGGAACCGAAAAUAAGGACGAAUGGCAUGAUAUUUUAGGUUCAGGAGUUAUAAUGAAAAAGAUUAUAUUUGAGGGAAUCCCUGAUUCACGGCCAGAAAGAACAGCAAGAUGUGUGAUAAAUUAUGAAUGUAGACUGCAAGAUGGAAUUGUGGUAGAAAGUGUUCAAGAUUUUGAAUUAAGACUGGGUGAAUGUGAUGUUGUGCAAGGUUUAGAUGUUGCAAUUGGUUUAAUGAAUUUAAAGGAAAAAUGUACUUUGAGAAUUGAGCCUAGACUUGCAUUUGGAGAAAAAGGACUUCACCCAAAUAUUCCUGGAAACACUAUAGUUUGCUAUGAUGUUGAGUUGACUGCUAUUGAGCCUGAAGAUGAUAUCGAAUUAUUGACAGUAGCAGAUCGACGUGCAAUUGGGAAUAAAAAAAGGGAACGUGGUAAUUGGUGGUACCAACGAGGGGAUAAUACUCAGGCCAUCCAGUGUUACCGCCGUGCAUUGGAUUAUUUGGAUGAGGUUGAAAGUGGAACAAUGUGUGAAUCUAAAGAUGUUCCUUCUAAUUCAUAUCAACCUACAGAUUCUGAACUUCAAGCCUUACUGGAAGAUCGAUUGAAAGUCAGUAACAAUAUGGCUUCAGCACAAAUAAAAAUGGAACUCUAUGAUCAGGCAUUAUUAUCUCUUCAGACUGUUCUUCGUUGUCAGCCUAAUAAUGUUAAGGCUCUUUUUCGAAAGGCUAAGAUCCAAAUAGUCAAAAACGAUCUACAAGCUGCAUUGAAAUGUCUAGAAAAAGCAAGAUCUCUGGAACCUGAAGAUGGCCUGAUUGCUAAGGAAAUUAAUAUUGUCAAUGGAUUAAUUCAAAAACAGAAAACUUCUGAACGGGAAUAUGCCAGAAGAAUGUUUGGAGGAACAUCUAAGACACUUAAUAAAAUUUCUCACAAGCGAGAUGAGAAAAGGAGUGACAAGUCUAAGCUUCAAAUUUGGUCAACUUUGGGAACAACAUUCUUCAUUGGCCUUGUAGGUGUCUUGGUAUAUAAAGCUAAAUAUCCCUAAAGGUAUAGAGUUUUAUUUCACUGGCGUUUGUUAUUAUUUGUUUGGUAAACUUGGUUGUUUUGUUUUUCAAUGUAAUUAUGUUUGUUCGAAACUAAAUAUAUCCGAGUGGAUGUUAUUUUAUUAUUUAUAAAAAUAAUA